GGCGUGCAGAGGGGCAAGCGAGAGACCAUAGAGAGCGGAAGAGGAAGGCGCCGGGGGACGGAGAGGGCUGGCAUGAGGCGGCUGAGCUGGCAGCCCUUGGCGCGCCGGCCUGACCCAGCCCCCGGGGCUGCUGCUGCCUGGCCGACACAGCGCCCGUGUGAGGCGAGUGAGCCGGGGAGCGGCGCCGGGCCUGGGCUGCCGCGGGCAGAGCGUCUGACAGGCUCCUGUACGUGGAAGUUCAGGAAACUUUCCGAUUCCAUCCCAUGUGAGAAGUGUUUGUAUCUUGAAGUCCCGAGAGCUGACUGGAUUCACAGAUCUCAGUGCUGGAGCCCUCUCUGCCUCACCUGUCAAGGAGCUGGGAAUGACUUGCCACAUCUCCAGGCAUGGACACUACCUGGGGCUCAUUUAAUUCUCUUUUCAACAUGAGCCAUAUUGCCAAAUUCUCUGAACUUUAUGGUUUAUCUCUGACACUGUUACACACCCAUGACUGGGCUAGAUCUGUGGCCUACUACUGCCUUUAAGCGGGAAAUCGUGCCUCUUAUGCUUCUGGAUCACUGUUUUCUAGCUCUCUCAGGUUCUGGUGCAUUUCUAGAUCUCCCUUUGUCCAGAUUUUUUGUGAUUCUAGAUACUUCCUUGUUGAAGAUUCUGCAUAUUGUUUCAUGAUAGCUCUGCCAUGCGUCUGGCUACUCUCCUUGCCUUCCUGCGGCCUGCUCUGCCACUCAUCCUGGGCCUCUCCUUGGGAUGCAGUCUAAGUCUGCUGCGUGUUUCCUGGAUCCAGAGUGAUGGGGAGGAUCCUUGCAUGGACACAGGGGUAAAUAAUGGGCUGUUCGCAGGGAAAAUGAAGCAGGACUCUGUUGCUGGAGGAAGGUCAAGCCAAAAUGAUGAAGACUUCAAACCCAGGAUUGUUCCCUACUACCGAGACCCCAACAAGCCUUACAAGAAAGUGCUCAGGACUCGCUAUAUCCAGACAGAGCUGGGCUUCCAUGAACGGCUCUUUGUGGCUGUGCUCACCUCCAAGGCAACCAUGAACACAUUGGCUGUGGCAGUGAACAAGACAGUGGCCCAUCACUUCCCACACCUUCUGUACUUUACGGGGUUGCGCAGCGCCAAGGUGCCUCAUGGUAUGGCCCUGGUGUCACAUGGGGACGAACGCCCAGUCUGGCUGAUGUAUGAGACCAUGCGCUACAUCCAUCAGCACUUUGGGGGUGACUAUGACUGGUUCUAUGUCAUGCAGGAUGACACCUACGCCCAGGCCGAGCAGAUCAAGGCCCUGGUGACACACCUAAGCAUUAAUCAGGAUGUUUACCUGGGACGGGCUGAGGAGUUCAUUGGGGGGGAUGAACAGGCCCGCUACUGCCAUGGUGGCUUUGGCUACUUGGUUUCCCGGAGCCUGCUGCUUAAGUUGCAUCGGCAUCUGGACAGCUGCCGUAAUGAGAUUCUCAGUGUGCGCCCAGAUGAGUGGCUGGGACGCUGCAUCAUCGACUUCCUGGGCAUCAGCUGCGUCUCCCAGCACCAGGGCCAGCAUUACCACUCCUAUGAACUGGCCAAAAAUGCAGAUCUAGAGAAGGAGGAGGGUGAGGACUUCCAGGCAGCGCUGACUGUGCACCCUGUCUCUGAGGGGACCCUCAUGUACCGACUGCACAAGCAUUUCAGCAGGAUCCAGCUGGACAGAGCCUACCAGGAGAUCCAGCAACUCCAGAUGCAGAUCAGGAACCUGACAUCGCUGACACCAGCCCGCGAGGGUGGGCUGACAUGGCCCAUAGGCAUCAAUGCUCCCUUCGUCCCCAAAUCCCGUUUCGAGGUGAUCAGCUGGGACUACUUCACAGAGCAGCACCUCUUCUCCUGCCCCGAUGGCUCCCCCAAAUGUGAGCUGGCUGGAGCCAGCAAGGCCGAUAUUAGUGACAUCAUUGAGGCAGCGCUCCAGCAGCUCAACAGCCGCUACCAGCCCCAGCUUCGUUUCUACAAGCAACAAUUGUUGAAUGGCUACCGGCGCUUUGACCCCACACGGGGCAUGGAGUACAUGCUGGACCUCUUGCUGGAGGCUGUAACCCAGAAGGGCCACAGCCAUGUUCUGGCUAAGCGGGUGAGUCUAGUGCGGCCCCUCAGCAAGGUGGAGAUCAUCCCCAUGCCCUAUGUGACAGAGGCUACACGUGUGCAGCUGGUGCUGCCCCUGACCGUGCAGGAGCUGGACUUUGUCAGCAACUUCCUAGACAUGUUUGCCAUGAACACGCUGGACACACAUGACAACGCCCUGCUAACCCUGCUCUUCAUCUACCAGCCUUAUGAUGCUCAGCGGGUCAGCCAGCUGGAUGUCUUUGCUGGGGUCAAAGCUAUGGUGGGAGAGCUGGAAAAACGCUAUGCAGAGGUGAAAAUCCCCUGGAUCAGCGUCAAAACCGAGGUGCCAUCCCAGGUGAAGCUCAUGGACAUAGUGUCGAAGAAGCACCCUGUGGACACCCUCUUCUUCUUGGCCAGCGUUUGGACAGAGGUUAACACAGAGUUCCUGAAUCGCUGCCGCAUGAACACCAUCAGCAACUGGCAGGUCUUCUUCCCAAUGCACUUCCAGGAGUUCAACCCAGUGCUGAUGUACCAUGGUGAGCAGGCCUCCUCCUCCUCCAGCACUGACUUCCUGAGGGAUGGGCACUUUGACCGUCAUGCCUUUGCUGAGGCUUGCUUCUACAACUCUGACUACAUGGCAGCACGCACCAAGCUGGCGGCUGACAUUCUGGACCGGGAUGAAGUGCUGGAGAGUAUGGAAGUAUUUGAUGUCUUCCUUCGCUACUCUGGCCUGCACUUGUUCCGGGCUGUGGAGCCAGGGCUGGUGCAGAAAUAUAUGCUGAGGAGCUGCAACCCCCGGCUGAGCGAGGAACUGUAUCACCGCUGUGUGCUUAGUAACCUGGAGGGGCUCUCCUCCCGCUCGCACCUGGCCAUGGCCCUCUUUGAGCAGGAACAGGCCAAUAGCACCUGAAGGACCCAAAGCUACCAGUGGUUCCCCAGCACCUUAAUACUUGCACCUUCCACCCCUCUUCCCAGCCCCAGUCCUGCCCUGGGAAAGAUGGGUGCAUGAGGCCAAGGGGCUGGCAGGGCAAUUGGAAAAUUUGGUUUAAUAGGAAAAGUGAUUAAAGUUUCUUCCCAUGCAGAUUAACUUGGUUCCUCA